GAUAAUAAUACAUACACGCUAUCUAUUGAAAAGGAAAACGGCUGCAUUUCUGUGCUGUUAUGGGAAAGAAUGCUGAAGCAUAAACUCCGAGGGCAGAGUUCUUAGCGUGUAUCUUGUAUCGCCCAUAGAACGGAGCCGUUGUUAAAUGGAGGGGGAGCUGGAGGAUUUUCUGUAAUGCGAGAAGACGUCUAAAAAGAGCAGACCGUUUAUUGUGGUCUUGAAUAAAGGACAUUGAGCUUAGUAGCAUUCACUUACAUCCAUAGGAAGGCUCGCCAUUCACAGAUCGGAAAGUCCUCUAAUACUUUGGAGUUUGGAAGAAGUUGUUCAUGCUAUGAUGAAGCGAUGCAGUUUGGUAAAUCUAAGAACCAUAGCAGGAGUUUUAGUGUUUGUAGGGGUUUGUGUCGCAAUCGCUGCUCUCUGCUUAACUUUGGGAAAGCCUCCAAGAAAGCAGAUUCCAAGCCUCUGUUCAGCACGGAUGGAGAUAUGUUAGACUACCUAAUGUCCAAUGGGCAGAUCGAAGCCAAGGAUGGGUUACUCGUCACCUGGUAUCAUAGAGCCAAUAACAAGAGUGAAAUGCAGGAAGCCCUGAACAGUGGCAUCAUGGUGUUGGAGGCUGACGUCAAUGUUCAGGGACUAGGAACAGUCAAUGAGACAAAUAUACCUAUCAUGGCUCAUCCCCCUGAUAUAUACAGUGACAAUACACUGCAAGAAUGGCUGGAUGCUGUGCUUCUUUCGUCUAAAGGCAUCAAACUGGACUUCAAGAGCAUCCAAGCUGUCAGCCCGUCACUUGACAUGUUGCUGAAAAAGUCAUCACAAAUGAACAUUAACUGCCCUGUGUGGAUAAAUGCGGACAUCGUGGCCGGACCCAACGUCAACCAUGAGAUAGGAGUCAAUGCCACACAGUUUCUGGGUUUAAUCCAGGAGAAAUUCCCGGAUAUCACAAUCUCCCCUGGCUGGGUGACAUUGUACCUGCCACCGAUUAUCUCCAACAGAACGUACACCAGAGAAAUGAUUAUGAAGAUGUAUGAUCUAGUGAAGGAUCUUCCCCAGAGAAUCACCUUCCCAGCUCGAGCUGUCCUCCUGACCCCCUCUGCCUGGCCUCACUUCAACUGGCUUUUGGAGAAGUCUAACCGGUACACGCUGACUUUAUGGCAAGGCAGUUCAGACCCACUUACUGUGCACGACCUGUUGUAUAUCCGAGAUAACAGCAAUCCCGAGCAAAUCUAUUAUGACAUUUAUGAACCGCUCUUAUCAGAAUUCAAAAAGAUAGCGUUGAAUCCAAACAGGAAGAAAUUGUUCUAUUCCGGUGGCAGUUUGCGGUUGUAUUUCCACCCGGAGGACAAUGACGGAAUUCUUGUGAAAUGGUUUGAUGCUGAAGGUGACAUUUCCGCUGUGCAGAGCCUUCUACAAAGUAGCUUUGGAAUGGUCACAUUUCAAGUUGAAGUUCAGUUGGUCAGUUCCACUCUUAUGCCCGUGGUGGUGGUUGCCCAGUCAUCUGCUACACUUCCGCUGGAAGACUGUCUAAAGCUGGUGAUUGCUUCCGCUCUCCCAUGGGGCGUCUAUCUGAAACCUAAAGAUCACGUUUCUCUCAAUGAGACUUUGCAUCUACUAAAUAGGCUAAACAACGAUAAACUGCUGUAUGUUCCAGUGUGGAUCAGCAUGGAGAUAUCUUAUGGCAGUUUCAGCACACCAGGAUAUAUCAAAGGAGAAGAUUUCAUCAGCAGCAUCAACGACAUUUUCCCAGGGGUCACCAUUGCCCCAAGAUGGCCUCCUGAGAAGCUGGAUAAUGGAUACACAGACCCGAUGGUGCUGGAUAUGCUAAAGCUCUUUGAAGGGGUGUGGCAGGAUGUGUCCUUCCAACUGCAGGCGGUGGCUCUUGGCAAGGGUUGGCUAAGCACUAUCCAUCUUUUGAAGGCCUCCUCUACAUACACACUAACAGUGGAGCAUACCAAAGACCAGGGCACGUUCAUGGAAGGAUACCACGGCUUAAUAACCAUCAGAACACACACCACAAAUGGAGUUUAUUACAAACUAUCCCCAGAUUAUUACUCUUCCCUUAUGACAAGCAUCUAUACCACAUAGAAGAAAAAUAUUCCAUUAUCUACAAUGUAACAUUUUGUGGCAAUGGCCAGCGUUGAACAAACUCUUUUAAAUUUCUCUCAAAAUAUUUCCACAAUCGGUUAGCUGGAUUAAAAAAGGAUAAUUGGUCAGAAAAAUGUCUUGUUCAUUGAGAA